AUGGCUGUUGCAAGGUUAUUUUAUGAUUCUUGCAUCCCAACUAAUGUUAUUAAUUCAAUUUAUUUUCAGCCUAUGGUGGAUGCUAUAACUGCAAUUGGUCCUGGGUAUAAAAUCCCAACUUAUCAUAAUUUGCGUGUAAAUUUAUUGAGGGAUGCUAGAAAAGAAGUGCAAUUACUUGUUGAUGGUUACAAGAAAACUUGGGAGGAUGUUGGAUGUACUUUAAUGGCUGAUGGUUGGACAGAUAGUUCACAUAGGUCGCUAAUUAAUUUUCUAGUGUACUGUCCUAAAGGAGUGUGUUUUGUGAAAUCAGUGGAUGCUUCAGAUGUUGUAAAGGAUGCUGCAACAUUGUUCAGCUUGUUUGAGGAAAUAGCUUUAUGGGUUGGACUAAACAAUAUUGUCCAUCUUGUCACUGACAAUAGAGCAAAUUAUAAAGUUGCUGGAAGAAUGUUGUCUGAAAAAUAUAGCAGUACUACUUGGUUUCCUUGUGCAGGCAUUAAUUUGAUGUUGAAAGAUAUAGCUGAGAUGAGUUAUAUAGUCAACCUUUCGACACGUGCAUCUGAGUCUACAGUGACAGAUAGAACUUUUGUGGAGUCUCAAUAUGCAAAAACUAAUAAAGGCAAAGCCUUUAUUUCCAUAGUUCUAGAUAACCGGUUUUGGGAUGACAUUGGUAUAAUUUCCAAAGUUGUGAGUCCAUUGAUGCGUAUGCUCCGGAUUGUAGACUUAGAUGAGAGGCCUUCAAUAGGAUAUGUGUAUGAUGGCAUGUACCAAACGAGGAUGGGGAUCAAGAAGCUAUUUAAGAACAAGAAAAAAUUAUACAAGCCUUAUACAACAAUUAUUAAGAUGCGCUGGGAUAGGAUGUUGCGCCGUGAUAUUCAUGCAGCAACAUAUUAUUUGAAUCCUGCUUUUAAAUAUGACGAAGAUACUUUUUCCAAAAAAUUUGAGGUCAUGUAUGGUUUCCUUGACACUAUUGACAGUAAAGCAAGUGCAUUCAAAAUGAGCAAGACAACAUUACUGGAGGAGAGUAGAUUAUAUAGAGACCGUCUAGAAAGCUUUUCUCAUGAGCUUGCUCUUCAAACUUGCAAAACUACAUGGCCAGCAUUAAUGACAUAUGAGCUACAAAAGCAGUAUGAGAAUAUGGAUGCACAUGCCAUAAUUCUGCACCUCAAGGAGUUAUAUCAAAAGAAUGCUCGACAUGAGAAGUACCAGGUGUCAAAGGCAAUGUUUAGGAGUCGAAUGGCUGAGGGAGCCCAAUCUAUUUCAAAGCUCCUAAAUAUGCUGAGGAUUGCAAAGCAGGACCUGAAGAAGUCCAAACCCGUUUUACUAGUUGUUGCUGGUGAAGGAAAGGGUAAGAGUAAGGGAAAGACCAAGGUCUAUCCCAAGUCCAAACCCAAAGCACAGGAUGCUCUUAAGUCUGAGGGUAGGUUAGCAUUUUGGAUGUGA